GGCCACAACCGCCAAACCCUUGAAAAUAAUAUUAGCCGCCCAUACGACUACUCAGCUAUUAUAUAUAGACUUCUGUUCAGUUCUUCCAACCACUCGAGUUCUCUUACCUCAGUAUAUAGCUGCAGCAGAUGUUUUCAAAUAGUUGCUUGCUUUGUACGUAUGGGACCAACUCUCUAUGCAGCCAAUGACGUCAUCUUCCCGAUAACUACCUUAACAUAAAGUUAACUACACUUACCUUAUCUUGUCUUCAUAACACAAACCACAUAGCAUACAGUGUAGCCUCGUUUAUUACGCAGAAACACCAGACAACCACAUUCUGUACAGCUUGCAAUAUAUUGGCUGACAGAGAGACCUACCAAGAUAUCAAGGAUGAGACUAUUCUGAGCAUUGCCUAAUACGACUAGAUUACUUACUGGAUGGUCAAUGCACGACGGCAAAAAGUAUGGGGAGAAGAUCUUGGAGUCACUGGACUCCCAAGGCAGUAUGGAAAGCCUUGGAGAUUGAUAGAAGGACCAUACUUCAGAUGUUGAAGGGUGGUUUACCUCCAACGAUCGUGAUUGCAAUGUACGAUUUUCCAUUUGUUUGUCCAGCAGUCAGAUCAUAGAGUUGACAUUGACUGAAUAGGUAUCAGUCAGACUUAGUGACAGGAAUCUCACAGAACUACGGUUUUUUGUCUGCAAUCGUUGCCGUAGUAGCCCAAUGCCUCUUGCCCCGGGCAAGAUUCACUAAAAUCAUGAUAUUUUCUCUCAGUGCACUCUGUGUUUCCGCCUCAAUAUGUUGUUUGGGAAUAUAUUGUGUGGUCAAAGCCAGAGAGCACACAACGGCUCCGGGGAAACCAGCUGGUGGGUAUAAUGCAAGUGCCUGUGCAGUAGCAGCUAUCUGGUUUUUAUUCGCUAUCUGGUAAUGCAACAUCUAUUCUUGAUUAGAAUUCUUCCUACAAUGCUAACUAUAUCUUGAAAACAGGCUUGUGAACUCCAUUCGUGCCUUCAGGCCGAUAGAACUUCAAGCUCCGGCUUCAACAUUUUCCAUGUUCAUUGCAAUCACUAUGACUAGGGCAGGCGUGAUAACCUCGCUCUCCUCUGGGUUACAGGGAAUCAAAAGCUUGCUGCUCGCAUUUUUGAUCGGCUUUGCCAUAUCGACAGGUGUCUCUAUAUUCAUCUUACCCACAACAAGCCGCAGUACCUUCUUUCAUUCUAUUAGAGGAUAUCCUACAAUAGUGAAGGAAAUAUUGGAUAGCCAGAUAGCAUUUGUAAAAUGCAGUGAGGACGAAGGGCCAUGGCAACUCACUCGACGCUCCACUAUAGCUCGACAAAGGACCAAUUCAGUUCAUAAGUUGCGUGGAAUAAGGAAGAAAAAGGACAAUAAACAAAAGGAGCCUACGGAGAGCGAAUCAAAGGCUACUCAGCUGAAAAAUGGAAUCCGAAAUCUCUCAUCGAUCCACUCUUCUGCCCGUGCAGAAUUAUAUUUCGCAAAACAGGAGAUUGCCUGGGGUAGACUAACCGCAGAAGAUCUCGAGACCCUCUUUUCUUUGCUGCGUUCUAUCUUACUCCCUCUUUCUGGAAUUGCUAUGCUUCCAGAGGUAUUUCGAAAGCUAACCAAGACAGUGGAGGCUGCAGAUGUAGAUGAGGUCCGUGUUACCGACUAUGGGUAUAGGCCAGUGGUGGGAGGACGCCCAGCUUUGAUGCCGAGUGAGUCACAAUAUGAAAUUCCCGAGAUCACUGAGCACUUUGUACAGCCGCUUUGCGAAAGGCUAGAAACAGCCUCUGGGCUUGUGGAAGCUGGGUUCCAGCAUGCUUUUAUAACUUUAAAGCUAAUAAAGUCGCCUAAAAGCCGUGGAACGACUUCUGGGUCUCGAGAUGAGGAAACCCCUGGAGAGAAGUCUAUGCCCGGAAAUCCGCAUUUUGUUACUGAAUUCGAACAGAAAUUAAACAACUAUUUUGCUCUGCGGAAGCAUCUACCAGAAAAGUGGGCAACGCUCACUGCCUUUGCCCCUUUCCAUGAACGAGGUAGUAUUGCGCAGGAACCCCGUACUAUUCAAAAGGAAUUUUUUGUUCUCCUAUUCAUUGGCCAUCUGCAAGAUAUCCUGCUUCAAGCAGUACUAGAUCUGGUAUAUUUUGCAGAAAGCAAGGUUGCCGAUGGGACAAUAAAAUCAAAACGGCUCCAAUUUCCAAAACGAGAAUACGUAAAGCAAUGGUUCUUCGCCAGUGACCCAGAAGAGAAAGAUGAUGGUGGUAAUAAAGAAGAAGAUACAACAAGCAAAAGGAAACAGGAAACGGACAAUCAUUACUUCAAAGACCAAGAUCCUUUAAAGUCUCGAUACCCUGACCCGGAGCAUAUGCCUCCCACAAACACCUGGCAGAGAAUAGGAUGUGGAAUCAGGGCCAUUUCCCAUUUCCUGAGUUCUGAGCAAAGUUCAUUUGGUGUCAGAGUUGCAAUCGCAGCAUUUUGUGCUGUGAUACUUGCAUACCUGCCGCAAACCCAAGCCUUCUUCUUCCGGGUGCGCGCUAUCUGGGUUGUCAUCGUCAUUCUCAUUGCGAUGAACCCUACCAGUGGGAAUUCCCUUUUUGGCUUGAUGGGUCGAUUUAUAGCGACAAUAUUAUCCACGAUCCUUGCACUCGCUGUCUGGUAUGUUGUUAAUGGGAAAACAGCAGGCGUCAUCGUUUUGACAUAUGUGGCCAAUUGCCUUCAGGUCGGUAUCUUCCUGCCACCUAUCGAGGAUUUAUGGUAGCCCCUACUAACCAAUAAAAGUAUUAUCCAUAUAUCAGAAACCCAAGAUUUAUCCCCCCUACUAUCAUUGGGGUGAUUACUUUCAAUCUCAUUAUCGCCUUUGAAUUGCUGGUAUUCUCACUACCCUGUCUCCAAUGUACGAUUCAAAGGGUUCUUUUGCCUGACAUGAUAUAGUCUCGAAAACUGGGGAUAGAGAAGGUAGAAUCAUCUGGCCUGCCCUAUUACCCGGUAUACUUAUUUGGGCCGUACCGAUGUGUUGCUGUCAUUGUAGCCUGUGCGAUUUCUUACUUCUGGGUAGUGUUUCCAAGCCCAACGUCAGCCGGGUCCCGAGUUAGAAAAACGCUAGGCAGGAGCCUGUUUGUCCUGGCAAACUUCUAUAGUUGCAUGCAUACCUCAAUAGAGGUGUGGAUAAAUCAAGAGCAAGGGGAUAUAAAUGACAACCAGUCACCUGGCCAACUCCUCGACCGUGCUAGGACCAAACUGUUGGCAGAAGAAAUGGCACUAUUGAAAAGCUUAACAAUGUUCAGCGAUUUCACGCGGUAUGAACCUCCAAUAGGAGGCCGAUUCCCGAAGGAAACUUAUGACAAUAUUAUUUCUGCAAUUCAAGCCAUCCUUACCAGUAUGGACUUGAUGGCACUUGCAACUAGGAACCUUGAGCGUAUGUCUGGGUACAUCCCGGCAACGGACGUGGUUGAUGACAGUUCGCCCGGUGCGAGAAGGAAACCCAGCAGGAGCACAGCAUCGAGGCAUCAAAUUGCUGAGGGAGAAAGGUGGAUCCAACAUCUGGCUGAGGCAGCUAACUCACCGGAAUUCCGUUCGGGAGUGAUCACCUCUGUGCUAUACCAUCUAUCGGCUGCUGUUACAAACUGCCUCUGUCUGCCACCGUACCUAGCUCCUCCACACCCUUUCCCGCUGGCACGGAGGCUGCGGCACAUAAACGAAGAUUUGUUGAAAUUCAAGAAUGUGGAGAACCCCUCAUUUGCCGCUAUAAUCGCGAUUGAAGUCUUGAGCUCCAUGGUAAGCUCGAAUUUGAAGACAUUAAUGAGGUUUGUUCUCCAUUUCAGUUAUCCUUGAUUCUACAACCCUCGCUGACAUGUUUCGAAUUAGCGAUGUCAAGCGACUUGUGGGAGAGCUCAACUUUGACGUGUACGUUCGAGAACACCGGCGUCACGUACGAGAAGAGAGACACUCUUCGGACGAGGCAGAUGGGAGCGCAAAAGGGGAUUGAACGAAGUAACUAUUUCUCCUCCCGCUCUCUGCAAUUUAUAUCAACAAAUCCAAACUGUAAACUCGCUUACGUAACUGACACUUAGAUAAUCAUAAAGUGACUAAUAUUAAUAAUUAUCCGUAUUCACGUGACUGCACUCCGCCCGGGCACCUGGGGCUUCUUAAGGGUUCUUGA